GACCGUGAAAGCAGAGACAAGGACACAUUUCAAGGUGAAGGACUGAAUGGACUGCUCGCACACUUGGAUGUAGAAUUGUGCCUCCGGAAAGCCAGCUGCACGGCGACACGACUGCAGACAGGCUUCUCAAAGUGGCAUGUUAUGGCUGUCUAGAGUUACACAUCAGCCACACACAGACGACAACAUGAAGGUGACAGCCUUGCUCAUCAUCUGCUCCUGUCUGCUCUUGGGGAUUUCGGGGAAACCACAAUUCCCUGAGCAAGAGAAGGAUCCCAAGUUUUGGAACUCAUGGGCCCAGCGGACCCUGAAGAAUGCUGUGACGUUGCAAGAUCUCAAUAAAAACAAGGCAAAGAAUCUCAUCUUCUUCCUUGGAGAUGGGAUGGGUGUUCCCACUGUGACGGCUGCUCGAAUACUGAAGGGUCAGCUGAAUGGACACAGUGGAGAAGAGACGCAGCUGGAGAUGGACAAGUUCCCUUUUGUAUCUUUGGCCAAGACAUACAACACCAACGCACAGGUGCCUGACAGUGCCGGCACAGCCACAGCUUUCCUCUGUGGGGUUAAGGCCAACGAAGGCACAGUGGGCGUGAGUGCAGCUGCUGUCCGCUCCCAGUGUAACACCACAGAGGGCAACGAGGUCACCUCCAUCCUCAGAUGGGCGAAGGACGCAGGCAAGGCAGUGGGAAUAGUGACCACGACACGCGUCAACCAUGCGACUCCCAGUGCUGCUUACGCCCACAGCGUGGACAGAGAAUGGUACUCCGACAAUGAGAUGCCAGCCGAAGCACUGCAGGCCGGCUGCAAGGACAUCGCCAGACAACUCUUUGAAAACAUUCCCAAUAUUGAUGUUAUUUUGGGUGGAGGAAGGAAGUAUAUGUUCCCUAAGAACAAAUCAGACGUAGAAUACCCCAAUGUACUGAAGCACAGCGGUACACGGAAAGACGGAAGAAACCUGGUGCAAGAGUGGAUUGACAGAAUGAAAGAUAAAAAAGGCCAUUAUGUGUGGAACAAGAAGCAGCUCUUAUCCCUGAACCCUAACAAUGUGGAUUACUUAUUGGGUCUCUUUGAACCUGCGGAUUUGACGUAUGACUUGGAGAGGAACACCGACACUGAUCCUUCGCUGACAGAGAUGGUGGAAGUUGCCAUCAAGAUCCUGAGGAAGAAUCCAAGUGGAUUUUACCUGCUUGUCGAGGGAGGGCGUAUAGACCACGGACACCAUGAGGGCAAGGCAAAGCAAGCGCUACAUGAAGCUGUGGAGAUGGAUCGGGCCAUUGGCCGGGCAGGUCUCAUGACCAGCACCCACGAUACACUGACCAUAGUAACUGCUGAUCAUUCUCAUGUGUUCAACUUCGGCGGCUACACAGUCAGGGGAAAUACGAUAUUUGGUCUGGCCCCCAGGGUGAGUGAUAUUGAUCAGAAGCCCUUCACCUCCAUUUUAUAUGGAAAUGGACCAGGUUACAAAGUUGUCAAUGGAGCGAGGGAGAACGUCUCUGCUAUUGACUACCAGGAAAACAACUACCAGGCCCAAGCAGCUGUACCUCUGAGCAUGGAGACUCAUGGGGGAGAGGAUGUCGCUGUGUUUGCUAAAGGUCCCCUGGCUCACCUACUGCAUGGGAUCCACGAGCAGAACUACAUCCCCCACGUAAUGGCAUAUGCAGCCUGCAUCGGCCAGAACAGGGAACACUGUAUGCCAAUCAGCGGGACAGCCGGUUUACGCCCAGUCUUCUCCAGCAUCGCAACUAUUCUCACAGUCACCCGACUUCUGUGCUGACCUUCCCCAAAUAUAUCAUCGUGUUCAUACUCCUGUUUUAAACAGUCCUAUGUUUUGAGAUUUCAAUUUGUUGUUGUUGUUUUUUUAAAUUUUCUAAUUUCUCUCUACAAUAUUUUGAUUAUGGGACCACUGUUAAGACACUUUAUUGAAGAAAAUAAUCAAUCACCCUGAUGCACUGAUAGAAGAAAUGGCGUUGCAGAGAUCACCUAGAAUCCAAGAUUUUUGUCUAUUAAAUAGUUUUUUAUGAAGGGUUUUAGGAUCUGUUCAACCUUCUUGUUUAAUGUAAGCCCCUUGGAUUUAAAUAGAUAGAAUGAAUUUGCAAAUGUUUGAAUUUGUUUCGUAAUGUAAAUGUGCAGUUAACAGAAUCUACCUCACAAGCUUUCAAAAGGUCACUCAUAUAACAAUGAUGUGUUUCGCAAGGACACGCUCUGAAAAACAAAUUUGUGCCGAACCAGAGGCAAAUGAAUGUAUAAUUGACAAAUCAAUAAAAUAUAACUAGAUUUCUUGUCAUACAGCUUGUGCAUACUUGCAAAAAGCAAUGAGAAAGCCCAUCUGCCAUUGUUGUGUCCAAUAACCAGUUGUAAAAUCUCUUGACUAAUAAAUGAAAUGUGUCUGUUUUCGGAUAA